UCUGUGCUGUCCGCAAGUGCAGAUACUCUCUACACUCGUCCCGCGACGGCUUCGGACUUAAUCUCAGCCUAUUAAGUCCGAAGGAAGUAGCGAAUUGCUUAUACAUGCAUGAACGCUGCGACUUCCCUUUCUCUUCUCCGAUUCAAUCUCUUCUCAACUACAGCUCACACUUCAAGUACAACAGACGCAGGUCUCCUACAUAACGCCUGCCAUAAUCGCCUACCACAAACAAACAAAUAACAACCGUGCAUCUCUAAGCACCACAACAAUGUCCACCCCCCAAGAACAAACGGCCCUCGCCUUCAUUUCCGCCUUCUCGACCCUCGACCCUCAACUCUUCACCUCCCUCUGCACAUCCACCUGCACCCACCAUUUCCUCCCUUCCUCCAUGCACAUGCCUGCUCUAUCUUCCUCGGCCUUUGCUUCCCACAUCUCUUCCCUCUCUAAAGUUUUGCGUUCUUUUCCCGUCACUGCAAGUGAUGUCAUGUUUGAUGAAAGGAGGAAUAAAGUCAGCAUACACGCGACUUCGGUGACGGAGUUUUGGGAAGAGGGGAUGGAUGAGGGGGUGGGUGGGGAGGAAUGGAGGUAUAAGGGGGAAUAUGUGUUCAUGUUUGAAUUCGAGAAAGGGGAGGGAGAGGAAGCAGGGAAGAUUAGUAAGGUGGUGGAGUUUGUGGAUAGUUUAGGGACUGAGAGGUUGAGGGGGUCGAUUAAGAGGGCUAGGGAGAAUAUGGCUAAUAAGGAGACUGAACGAAUCUCGAAGGAAGAUUGAAUCAGGAGGAGUAAGAACUGGAUGCUUGGAGC